CAUCCAUACAUAGACAAAAUCUUGCAAAAAAAAAAACAGAAGUAAGAUUCAAGUAAUAUGGCAAUAGAAGUAGGCAUUUUCUCUGCUGUCAGCUUGAAGCUCCCAAUUACAAAUUACAAGCCAUUUUCUCCUCCUUUUCCACUUCACAAUCUCAAGAAAAGAAGCCAUGGUUUCAGAGUUUCAGCAAAUUUAGGUGGUGGAGGAGAGUCUGGAGAGGGAGAGAUCAAGAAAGGAGGGAAGAAGAAGUUCAUCACCAAGGAACAAGAACCAGAACAGUAUUGGCAAACAGCAGGUGAGAGAGAAGGGGAGAAUCCCAUGAAAACACCACUCCCUUACAUAAUCAUCUUUGGUAUGUCAACUCCUUUUGUUAUUUUAGCCAUUGCUUUUGCCAAUGGCUGGAUUAAGGCCCCAAUCAGAUGAUCAUGUUCACUACUUUGUAUAAAUACUACACUAUCAACAUCUUCCUCAUUUUUGUCUUCAUCACUUUUGGAAUGUACCCAAACUCUUGAGUAUUUCAAUCUCCUUUUUUACUAUGUCA